GCGCGUAGUAGUCGCACCGCUACGCUAAGACCAGGUUUUCGACAUCCCUACCUGUCCCCUUCCUGCGUGUUUGGUCUGGCUUUGCUUUAGUUUUUUCCACAGGUUUUUUCGUUUCUACUGUCUGUCAUAUGAUGUCAUCGAUUGUCGACGUUGUGGCUUGUCGUGUCGUAUUUAGAUUUGGCUAGUGGUUAGCUCUGUAUAUUUUUUGAGAGCAUAUUUAUAAAUAUUUAAUUAAUGACGACGCGAGAAUCUUAGGACCUAAAUUAAAGAAAAUAAUAUUUUUUUCUGUACGUCGUUAUAAGUUUGUUCUGUCCGGAUCUUUUAUAUAUUUAUUUUAGUGUAUCCUCGGAGUCAAGCGUUGUUAACAAAAAAUCUCCCAAGCAAGCCAAUCAUGACUGAGAAGGUUGUAAAGAAGACCAAAACCUCAGAACUUUCGGGACUUGGAAAACUUUACCUUAUAGCCUAUAAUGGAAUUCAAACAAUUGGCUGGACAUACUUAUUGUUGAUAUCUGCAAUCCAUUUUCUAGAUAGAGGAACUUUGGAUACAUUUUGGCCUCAAAUAAAGAAUACAGUCAUCAUAUUUCAGAAUGCAGCUGUAUUGGAGAUCCUUCAUGCUGCUAUAGGAUUGGUACCUUCAGGCGUCUUCCUAGUACUGGUUCAAGUUUACUCUCGCGUUUUCGUGGUCUGUGGUAUCCUGAUGUCGGUGUACGGCUCCACAGUGAGUCCCGGCCUUCCGCUUUGUAUACUGGCAUGGUCUGUCACCGAGAUUAUUCGAUAUGGAUAUUACACACUAAAUCUUAUUGGUGCAGUCCCACAGAUCUUGUUAUUCCUUCGGUAUUCGACAUUCAUAAUAUUGUAUCCUAUUGGGAUUACAGGAGAAUUGUUAUGUAUGUACCAUUCAUUGGAAGAAGUUGCGGAAAAGAAUACUCUAUCCAUUUCAUUUCCAAACCCAUGGAAUUUUAUCUUCAAUUAUUACUAUUUUAUCGUUGCUAUAAUGAGUCUUUACAUACCCCUAUUUCCAGUCUUGUAUGGUCAUAUGUUAGCUCAAAGAAAAAAGAUGUUGGUUAUAAAGAAAAUUAACUAAAUUGUAAACAUGUACCAUGGGUACAAGCUGUUUAUUGGCAAUAAUAUCGUAAAACGGGUGAAAACUUAUCAUAUUGAUAAGUUAACUCAGCCUCUUGGGUGUGGGCAGCAAUAAAUGCGCGCUUUUAUGACAUUAUGACAUUGGACAAAAAUAAUCGGUCAAGUGCGAGUUGAACUGUCUGUUCGACAUUCACAGGUAGUACUUUGCUCCGAAACUAUUGAUAUGAAAUGAUUUGAAAUGUAGUACACAAAUCUAAAGUUGUGGCCCAAAGACGGACAAGUAUCUUAAAUAAAUGGAUUUUAAAAUUAUAUUAUUUUUAAAAUUUGGAAGAAUAACUCUCAAAAUAUGUAUUGUGUGACAUAUUGAUUAAAAGGACUUAAGGAUCUCAAAUACAUUUGUAUAAUUUCGGACAGGACAGAAGCACGAGUCGGACAGACAUUCGCACAUAUGAUUGUAAGGAAUUUGUUUUGCCUUUUUAGUUACGGAACUCUAAAAAUACGUUUAUUUUUGUGAAUUUGACCUUUCGUUCUUAUUGUAUUGAAAUAAGUGUAAUUUAUUCUCAUUUAAAGGUUAGGGCGUUAUAUUUGGGCAGUUGUUCUAACACUAUGCAAUGUAACACGUAGGCUUAUUAUUGAACUAAGGUUAUGUUAUUUUUAUAUACUGGAUGUAAAGCGUCAAAGUACAAAAGUCAGUUAGGAAUUCUUAGGCUUUUAUAAUAAGUGUACCUAUUUAUCUGGCAUUUCUUCUAUCAAACAAAUUUUUCUUACCUGUCAUUUAUGAUCUUCUAUAUUAUUUAAUUUAUUAUAAUUAUUUGGGUAUUGGUUUAAGGAAAAGUAAAUACAUAUUCUAUUUUAAUUA